CUCCUGCCUAAGGCCAGUGAUUGGUAUUCGAUACUCAAACACAUCCACAAUGGCUAGGGGACUGCUUUCGUGGAUGCGCGAGCGCACACUCCGCCGUCGAUCUCUCGGAUAUGGGUUGGGACCAUCAGAUAUGCCAGAACCACCACCAAUGGACACGAGAUCUAAGACUUGGGAGACAACCGUUACCAGAGUCCCGAGUUGGCCACAUGAUGGAAGCCCACUAAAGAAACAUGAUUGGGUAUCUUACCUGUACCUCAUUGGAGAUAUUGUCUUGGUCCUUUUACCUAUCUAUUUCAUCCUUCUUGGAAUUGCGGCUGUGACCCUUAAUGGCAAGCCUACAAAGAACAACAGGUUCGGCUCGAAGGUUGAGUUCGCUAUUCAGCUUGGUCCUACCAUCUUUCCCAUUGUCUUCGCUGCAAUAAGUGGGCGGAGCAUGAAGAUGAUCGCUAGGUACCUGGCUGAGAGAGGAGCUAAGCUGAGUACUCUCGAACUACUCAUGGCCAGUCAAUCAGUGUGGGGAACUGUCGAAAGCCAGCUAUUAAUGCGACGGCUUACCGUUGUUGGGGCUAAUCUAUUGUUCCUUUGGUCCAUGUCUCCUUUGGGUGGCCAAGCAUCUCUUCGAUUGUUGCAGAAGUCACCUAGCUCCAAUUUCACCGUUGCACCACUGCGAUAUCUGUCAACAGGUCCAGCAGGAACAGCAUGGGCGAUGUCCACCACAUAUGUCGAAAGCAAUGGGAAGCUGACACAAGUCACACCGCUAUACACAGCAGCGCUGCUCGCGCCUGACACCAUCAAACAAGGCCCAGAAGAUACGUGGGGGAACGUUAAGAUCCCUCGUCUAGAUCUAGCCAAUACCUCGCGACCGGACUCUCAGGGGUGGAUUAACCUUCCUUCGAAUUUAUCCUCAGCGGAAGACUACUACUCACUAGUUGGAAUCCCAAUCGUUGGGAGGCCGCGGGACCAGGACUCUAUCUUUAGAAUCGAGACGACCCAUUUCACUACCCAGUGUGAGCCUUUCAAGAAAAUGAAGAUUGCCGCGGACAAGAACUUUACUGAGAUAGAACAAAUCGCCCCUGGUCAGAUAUGGCAGAAUAUGUCGACAGAGAAUAAUCCGCUUGGCCAAUUUAGAACAUUUUUUCUCCAGACCGACAUUCCCUUAACUCAAGGUGACGAUGGUCGUCUCGAUGCGUUCUUCGGCUUCGUCAAUGAUUCGAAAGUCAGCCACCCUUUCCAAAAACGAAAGAUAACCUACGCGUCAAACUACAUAACUUCGUCCGAAGACUCCUUCUUGAAUAUUGCGAAUUGCUCCCUUGCUCAGAUCCACACCGAGACAGAAAUACAGUGCGCUAAAGCUCAAUGCUUUGCAAAACGCACUCGAAUAUCGCUUUCAGACCAACGCCCCGCAGAGUUCACUGGAUUCGAUCAUUCAUUAAUCGCCGAGUUAUUCCUCAAAGCCUUUCCAAGUACAUUUGACUGGGUCCGAGGGUCCACCCCAACGGAGCAGUUCCUCUUCAACACCUCUGCAUUCCCCUUCGUAUCACCCACUACUAACUUAGAGUCUAACCCAGCAUGGAUGGACCUAUCGCUUCUAUCAGCAGAGACCUUUUCGAGGCGAUUAUCCCUCCUGCUGAAUACCUUCUACCAGCUCACCAUUGCCCCAAAUUCGUAUCUUGGAGACCUGCCGGCAAAUUUCUCGCUCUACGGCCCGGAUACUAUACCUAGAGCAGAUAUGAAUGUCUAUCUACCAAGCAAUCUUUCGGCUUCUAACACGACCUUCUCGAAGUGGUGGGCGACCUUCGAAAAUACGGCACUACCCUCGGGAAUAUCCUUUAUUGGAGCGACGACGAAUGCUACCCUGUCAACAACGCAGGAAAUGUACGUCUGCAACUUUGCCUGGUUAGCACUUCUAUUAACGGCUGCUGGGGUUAUCUUCCUCACCGGAGCAGCAUCGUUGGUACUCAAACGAAAAACCCUUGGUCCUGAGCUCUUUGGAUUCGUAACAAGUAUGACGUAUGAGAACCCGUAUGUAAAGGUACCCGAAGGUGGGAGUAUGCUUGAUGCUAUGGAAAGGGCGAGGCUACUGAAAGAUGUGGAACUGUUCGUUGCAGAUGUGCAAGGCGACCGGGACGUCGGGCAUAUUGCCCUCGCCGCUGGAGUUCCCUUACGGAAAUUGGAAAGAGGUCGACUAUACUCAUGA